AACGCGUGGGUGGCGCUGAAAUCUCCCUUGACCAGUCUUUCUGUGGAUGAGUACGUAGACGCUACCACGUGCCAUUGCUACGGCCACACGUCCCAUUAUAUUCUUGAGUGAUAUUACCACUUGUGAUAAUAUUACAAGCCUGUGCCGGACAAGUGUACUGUGCCACAGACAUUCCCCAUCGAGCGUUUCACCCACAGCAAAUUGGCCGCUUACCACGCACUCCUUGACCGCCAAACAAUACACGUUAAUAUCAUCCACUGUGCCACUAACUGGGGACGGAAGUGCAUAUAUAGCGGCUGCUCGGUCUGUGUUCUGUACGUUCCACAUCUCUAUUCACUGCUGACUCUCAACAUGAACUCUGAAGCUAAUUCUCUUCCUGCUGACGUUACAGGAUUCCCUUCGGUCGACUCGCAUCCUGACGACACUACUCUCCUUGAUCUUAACGCCGCUGAACCUCGUCUUGAGCACAAGCUUGAGACCCCUCCGACCUCUAUCAUCCAAAACGUCCCUACAACCCCUCAUAAAGGCACUCCUGGAACGUUAAGGGUAGACAAAGAUAAGGCCGCCUACAAGGCUCUACAAGCUGAGCAGAUGGAAGACCCUCAAGUCACUCAACUUUCUUAUGCUCAAUUCUUGGCUAUGUGCGUUCCUGGGGAAACAAUCAAGAUCUCAGACAAACUUGAAGCAGACUGUAGGACGGUCUUCAACUCUGCAGCUUCUGGAAAACGCGAAAAUCAGGUUGGUCGGGAAGAAGAACUCUACCCCGGCAUCUGCUAUAUGGUGAAACAAGCCAUGGAUCAUGGUGCAGGCGGACCUGGCCUGUCCGAGUUGAUCGCUAAGGACACCGCCCACUGGCCAGAGUCCGGUUCAGAUCGUCGUUGUUUUGACUGCAGUAUAUACAAUGAAUCUGAUGAGGACGCUUACACGCUAGACGAUGAACAGGAACAGCCAAAGAUCAAGGACCGUGCUCCGUAUAUUGGUAGGACGCUGUUUUCACGUGCAGUUAUGCCAUUCGAAGUCAAGAAUGACCCCAAAAAGAGACCUUUCGGCGAUUCUGGGGAACUUCUGCAGACUCAAGAGGCGCGGAUGACGAGAGGACAGAUAGCCGAAUAUGCGGCAGAGAUCCUGUCUCGCCAGCACCGGAGCCAUCUCUUCUUCGCUUCUGUCUUCCAGUACAAGGUCAAUUUCCUUUACAUCGACCGUGUUAGCACUGUCAUAUCGGAAUCAAUCGACUGCCAGAAACAGCCGAAGGAGUUCUUGCAGUUCUUCUGCCGGCUUGGUUCUAUGACUCGAGAACAACUUGGAUACGACCCUACCGCCACCCCAGCCUCCAUUAAGGAAAUCGAAGUAAUGCGUCAACGUGCUCUCCGCAUGGACGGCUACCAAAAGACAUAUGUGGAUUCGGCGAUCUCGGAUGCUCUGGAACAGAAGGAGAAGUCACUCUGGCCUAUCUACAAGCUCCUCGUCCCCCCGAAUAUCAAGGAUCCCCAACAGAUCGGUCCUCAGGCUUUCCUAGUGGGCAAACCUCGUUCCUGCAGUUCCUCCUUGACUGGUCGCUCGACAAAGGGCUUCGUGGCAUACGACGUUCGAAAGGACGAGUUUGUAUUCCUUAAGGACUCUUGGCGUGCCGAUAUACCAAGAGGCCGUUCCGAGUCAGACGUUUAUUUAAUGUUGCAGGCUGCCAAGGUCGACAACAUCGCCACUUUUCGUUGCGGGGGCGAUGUCGAACCACGCCAAAGAACCAAGUCUCAAAAGUAUUUCAACACAGAAACUGUGGACUUCAUUGCUCGCAUACAUCAUCGACUUGUCAUUGAAGAGAUUGGGAAGCCAUUGGAUGAUUACGAGUCAGCCCAUGAAUUGACUCAGGUUAUGUACGGCGCUUUGAAGGGGCAUUGGAGCGCGUACAAGAAUGCCGAGGUGCUUCACCGGGAUAUCAGCGAUGGUAAUAUUCUCAUAACGUACCAGGGCGAUGAGCCACGCGGAAUACUGAUUGAUUGGGAUCUAUGCAAGACGAUGGGCGAAAUCGCAGAGCAAAAGGCAUCCAACACGAAUCGUUCUGGAACGUGGCCAUUUUUGUCUGCUCUUCGGAUAUUAUAUCCCCGGAAACCAUAUGAGGUUGCUGACGACAUAGAAUCCUUUGUGCACAUCUACCUCUGGUUUGCAGCUCGCUUCCACGGACACACUCUAACUGGUAACCGCGACAACUUUGCCACCUACGUGAACGACAUGUUCUUUCAGUGUUGCAAAGAACAAGAUUUCUACGUAGGGAGCUCGCGAAAGCUGUCGCAGUUACAAGCUGGCAACGCGGGCUUCGCCUUGACUGGCAAUACCAACCUCGCCAGCUUGAUUGACGAGCUUAUGAAAGUCUGCAAGGAGCAUUAUGCUUGCGUCGACAUCAAAUCUAUGAACGAACACUACGCUCCGACAUGUAGACCACCGGCAGAACAGCAGACAGCCAAGGUGAAAGUUCCAAAACUCAGUCCACCGCCCGAAUUUGCUGAGGCCUUCGCGGCUAAUGUUGCUGAAACCGCCUCCGCGCAUACUGUUGCUGGAGUUCCUUCUCCUCAGCGCACAUUGGACAACCAUGGCGCGCUGUUCCGAGCCCUGGGCCUUGCAUUGAAGAACGAUAUCUGGGUCAUCAACGACAAACUACCGAAGGAGAAGGACAAUUUCGUGGGUCUCCCAGCAGUGACCAUGACAGAAGGUCGCUCUAUAGUGUUGGGGACGUCGGAGAACACCAGUAAGCGAAAGGCCGUGGAAGAUAAUCGCAAAACUACUAAGAAACGCAAGGAUAGCAAGACUGACAGUGGGUCACGUCAACAGACUCACAUGACUCGCUCUCAGGCUCGUGCUCAAGGCGGUCUUCAUCCUGUGCAAGAAUGAGCGGGGCUUCCUUUUCGAGGGAUCUCAAUUGGGAAAUACUCAAAUUUAGUUGAUAUCCGUUAUUCAUGUAUCCGUUAUUCAUGUAUCCGUUAUUCAGGUUUGGCCUUUGUCAUAAUGUUCGGUAUAAAUAUGCUCAUCCACCAUCGGAAAUACAUUCAUAUCAUCAUCCACAUGGCGUACAUCGUGGAGUGUAAAUUUUCACCUUCUUGGCAUCA